GGUCAGUAAGUGUUGUGCCUUGAAGUGUUACGGUCAUUAGUAAACUUAGGGAGGAAAAUAAUCGAUGAAUUGUUAACCUCAAAGUUGAUUACAAUAUUUGCUACCUCUUUUACAGAGAAUCAUGGACGAUUUGCAGAAUUAUAAACUGCAGCUUCAACAAGUUGAGGCUGCAUUGACAACUGACCCAACAAAUGAGGAAUUAUUAAAACUGAAGAUUGAUCUUGAGGAGGUUAUUGAGUUAACACAAGAUCUCAUAAAAUCACAGCAGCAAGAGAAGAGGCAGAGCAAUGGCAUGGACGCCAAGGAUCCCAUUCUUCUGGCUGUUUUGGCGAAUAAGUGGAAAGUUGGAGAUUCGUGCAUGGCCCCUUGGAGUGAGGAUGGAAAGUACUACGAGGCAACGAUAGAUGCAAUAAACGAGGAUGGUCUUGUGAACAUAACGUUUAAUGAGUUCAAAAACACAGACGUUACAAUGUUAAAUCAAUUGAAAUCAGUGGCAAAGAGGCCAGCGUCUGAUUGGGCAGAUCAGAAGUCUAAGAAAAUGCAGGCAGCAGCAGCAGUAGGGACAGACCCUACCAAACAGAGGGAGUACCUCAAGAAAAAGAAACAAAAAAAAUUACAACGUUUUAAAGAACUUGAGGAGGAGCGCGAGCAGGAGAAAAAUAAAUGGCUUGCUUUUUCGACGAAGUCAGCGAAAAAGGGAGUGGUCAAGAAAAGUAUAUUUGCAACACCCGAAAAUGUUAAUGGAAGAGUGGGAAUCGGCACAUGCGGUGUGAGUGGUAAAGAAAUGACCAAGUUUAGCAAUGGGGAAAAAUGGAGGCGUGGCACCUAAGGAUCUUAUUCAUCUUUACUGUACAUACAUGCAUAAGAUAAAUCCAAAUGUUGAUUUAAGGAUAAAUAGUAUUAAGAAGUAUAGAAAUACUACCGUAUUCUCCGUAUAAUAUUAAUGUACAUUUAUAUUAAUCAAUCAAUUGUUAUUACAGGGUUUCACACUCGACAGAGGGAAGUGUAUAUCUUUCAAGUACCGUUAUCUUCCUUUUUUUAAAUAAUAUAAACAUUGUUUUCACGGGGAAAGUGAGCACGUAAGAAUGAAAUUCUCGCAUAUCAUUGCGUUAUUUGAAUAGGUGACGUGAGGAGUAUUUUCGACUUUUGUCGAGAAUUUGUAAACUGCGAAAGAAGUUUUUUGGGCUUUUUCCCCCCAGAAUUCUAAUGAUUGAGAUAAUUAAGUAAGUGUUUGGAGAGAAAUAUCCUCUUCUAGAAUGAACAUCAUACUUAAGUUUCAAAUAAAUAUUCCUGCGGUUGAGAACAGUGGAGAAAUUUUAUAACGAAAUUCUUUAAACAUAAUCAUGCAGAAUGAGAAAGGUCGAUUGAAAAUUUAUCCAUCUUCAGUAAACGCAGUAAUAAUUAUUGCAAGCUUAUUUGAAAAAUUAAAAUAACUUUACUUUUGCGGUGAACUCCAAGAUUAUCGUACAUCCUAAGAAAAAUGCAAAUUAUUUCCUGAAUUAAUUUCUCGUUUUGGACUUUCAAAAGAAGUAUUUGAAAAUUACGAGUCAAUCCAGUGGGUUGUGUUAACAUAAAUAUUUCAAUUGCAGUUUGAAAUUGAAAUGUGAAUGCAUUUUGCAUUCGUAGAUAUUAAAAAAUCCCGACAAUUUUCGAAAUUUCAUAAUUACAGAUCUACUAUUGUGGAAGUAAAUUCUGUUACUUAUUUAUAGUUACGAACGGGGAUCAAAUUACACUAUUCUAUGAAAUGCAAUUUACGUUAAUCAGGAUAUAAUUAUCGGAGAUGGCUUCAUAUAAAUUUUUCUUAUGCAAUUUGUAACGAAAUUUUUCCUCGGGGUUGGGAAAAAUCCGUUAACUGCCCUUUCUCCUGGAUUCGCAAGCAACAUUUGUUGGGCCCCAGCCGUCCUUUUUACCGGGGAACUGCAAACCGGGGUCUCAAUGAACAAAUUCUCAAAAAAAAACAUACGGAAACGACAAUAUAUAGCUUUGCUUAGCGAAUCCAAGGGAAGACCUUGGACACCCGCGCUGCUCAGGGGGUAGGUUGUGGAGAGAGGGCGUAGUUCGGAUGGAGGUGGUUCGUUGGGUUUCUAAUUUACAAAGAAAAUACGUAACCGCCAGAAAUCUUGAUAAAUAUAUAGUUAUGGUUUUUAAUAUCAUUGAGUUAAUUUUAACACACAUCUUUGGAAGUAAUAACGGACAAAAAAAAAUUAUCAUACCUCAGUAACUUUAAACAAAUCUAAGUGACAACAUCGUAACAGUUUUAAUCUAGUUAUCCAAAAAUCCUUUAAAUAGAUAGGAGUCCGCCGAGAUAGAAAACGCGAAUGAAGAGGCUCGAAAUCCCUAAUAUUCGGUCUAAUUUAACUAUCGAAUCCUAUUCUCUUUGGACCCUUCAGGGCAAUUCCUCCUCUCUAUCGCAUUUCUCCACUAUUCUCGAGCUGGACUCGCAUACUGCCUAUUUCCCAAAUUAUAACAUUACCGAAUGCCGAAUACCGAAUUACCAAAAAAACUAAAUGGAUCUCGCGAAAAUUUCCUCCCACAGUGGGGAGGCAUCGAAAUUUCCUAAUGCCUCCAGAUUAUCCCAGAGGAUCAGAACGUACCACUCACGCAUCGUAAUCACCUUCCCGGCUGAUCGCCCCGCACUUGAUCAGCACCGAUCAGUCUUACUCGACCAUCCUCUCGGACUCCGGAUACUCGACUCUUUCCUCGACACUCACCCUUCGGCUCUCUAAACCCGACUCUAGAUAAUAAAUUUGGAUCCGGGAUGUUUGGGGGAGUUAUCCUCAGAAUUCCUUACAAAUUUCAUCGGAAAUUCAAAAACUGACAAUAUGCAAAAGUAGUGCAGCCUCACCGAAGAGUACAGAUAUUUUAAAUUGACGUAUCUCACCUUAGUACUACUACAUUGUCGAUCAUUCUUAAUUUUUCUGCAAUUAUUUUGAUGAUCGAUUGUUUGAAACUGAGAAACCCUAUUGCUAAAGAUAAAUCGUAGAAUUGUGAAAUUUUUUAUUAAAAAACGUUGAAAAAUGAAAUAGAUCAAUAAUUUUUUUCUAGGGGUAAAUGGACGUAUGUUUGCAUGAGUACUCAUUCUUCAGAAUAGACAAAUCACUGUCGUGUUCGCUGGAAGAUUGGUUUGUAAUGUGUGAUUUGUCAGUUAAAAUAAAUGUUUAUUUUAAGGCCAAA